AAGCCCAUCGUCUACGCGCUGGACCCGCUCCAACCGUCCGCCCAGGCCCUCGCCGAGAAACAUUUCCGACUUCGCAUCCGGGCCAACGCUGAUGAUAACGAGUGGCAGGCCCAUGCGGAAGGUAUUCUCGUCAGGGGAAGCUAUGUCACUGCACGAGAUCUGGAAGGUGCGACGAGACUUCGGUUCAUCGCCAAGCACGGCGUCGGGGUGGACAAGAUCGACGCUCAUACGGCGAAGAGGUUGGGCAUACGGGUGAUGAACACUCCUGGGGUCAACGCGAUAGCGGUAGCGGAACUCGCUCUGGCUCUUACCAUGAGCGUCGCUCGUAAAAUUUCUACCAUCGAUCGCAAGAUCCGAUCAGGAGAAGAGGGGAUCACCAAAUCCAUCGGCCUGGACGGUCUCACCCUGCAUGGCCGUACCAUCGGGAUCCUCGGUGGAGGUAACAUCGGCUUGGCCGUCGGUCAGAUGUUUCAUCGAUGCUUCGGGUCGAGCGUCUUGCUGUAUGACCCUUAUAUUACCCCCACCGCCAAAGCUCUUUGGAUAUCGAGUAUCCCCUCGGAAAAGAUCUCGUUCGUCGACGACCUCGAACGAGAACUCUACCCGAGGGCCGAUAUCAUCAGUCUCCACAUCCCGCUCUUACCAUCCACCCGAGGUCUGAUCGGGGCUCGUCAGUUACGGAUGAUGAAACCUACGGCCAUCCUCAUCAACACCGCUCGAGGAGGGAUUGUCGACGAGACCGACUUGUUACAUGCGUUGAGGGAUGGGACGAUCUAUGGAGCGGGACUGGACGCCUUCGAGAUCGAACCUCCGACUCUGGAGGUCUACUCUGGAUUCGCCGAGUGCGAUAACGUCGUCAUGACUCCCCAUAUAGGAGCGGGAAACGCUGAUACGCAGGUGGCGUGCAAUCUCGCCAUGGUGCAGCAUCUAGUGGACGCGCUC